AUGACCGAGCUCCACAUCACCGUCGACGACCUGAUCUCCAUAAAGGGGAAAACUGUUCUCAUAACGGGAUGCAGCUCCGGCAUCGGCAACGCAACCCUCCAAUUGUGCCUCCAGCUCGGGGCAAACAUCAUCGCCGGCGACCUAACGCCCCUAUCGGAAGAUAUUCUCAACACCCCAGACCUCCUCUUCGCCAAAACCGACGUCACCGACUGGCACAGCAUCCGCGCCCUCUUCAUCGCAGGCUACCAACACUUCGGCCAAAUCGACCACGUCUUCGCCAACGCGGGCAUCAAGCCCACCAGAAACUUCCUCGACGCUACCCUCGACGCAGACGGGCUGCUCGCGCCCCCCGACCUAGCGACCAUCAACGUGAACUUCCUCGGCGUGAUCAACACUGUCCGUCUCGCCAUGCACUACCUGCGUCAGGACAGCGUCGAUUCCAAGUCCCGCAGCAUUGUGCUCAGCGCAUCAGCAUCAGCAAUCCAGAACUUCCCCGCGCCAGACUACUGUACCACAAAGCACGGCGUGGUGGGCCUUUUGCAUGGACUCACGGGCGAGCUGGAGUCAACGCUACGCAUUAACGCCAUCGCACCGUCAUGGACAGCUUCCGGGAUAGUCAUCCGCGAGGUCGUCGAGACGCUGGGUGCGGAGGUGCAGGAUGCCGAGGUCGUGGCGCGCAGUGUGCUCAAGCUUUUUGUGGACUUUGAUCGUCACGGCGAGAUACUUUACUCGUGGAAUGGAAGGUUCUUUGAGAUUAACAAGGCUAAGGGUGGACUGCUUGAUUCUGCUGCUAAGCUGUUGCCGGAUACCGUUUCGGAGGAUGAGAUCAUGACUAGGUUGGUGGGUGUUGUUGCUGCGGUGGAGGGUGAGCAGGCGGUCAACGGUUCUUAG